GGCGGAUGACGUAAUUUCCCGCGAGUGCGUGCUCGCGGUGCGGUGACGUCAUCCCGGCUGUUCGAGGAGGCAGCGGCGAGCGAGUGAGCGAGCAGCGGCGGCAAAGGCAUCGAAGGGGAAGGAGCGGCAUGGCCGACACCGGGGCGCAGCGUUUAUUGUUCACCGAGGACCUCGUCUCCACGGGCUCGGUCUCGGGGGACCCCAGAUACGGGGUCGUGGGCCUCAUCCACGGCGACAUGAGCAGCGGCGAUAGCUCGGAGACGGACGACGAGGAGAACAAGGCGAAGCCGCUCAAGCGCGGAUACGUGCGCGUCCAGUGGUACCCGCUCGGCAGCCGGCAGGACGCGAAGGAGUGCAAGCUGAAGCUCGUAGACCGAUCUCUGAUGCCGAGAGACAUCGUCAGACGCGGUGGAAAUCAGUUGGAGGCUCAGUCUGGAACCGUGCUGGAUGUCAAAGUCUACUGCACUGUUGUGCUGCUCGGAUCUGGAGAAAUGAUCUACCCCGUGAACACCAGAGAUCUCACCUACUUCACGCCGUAUGCGUAUGGGGACUACGUGGAGAUGGACUGCUGGCUGGGACGUGUGCUUGAUGUCAAGUCACAGUUGAUCAUCAGACUGUCGAAUGGCGCCAGGUGUGCCAUGAGCGUGGACGACGCCUGCAAACUUCAAGACUUGAAUCCCCACCCAAGUGACUCGGGAGUGUUUUUCAGCGAGCACUCGGGGUUCUACCCCAGCCAGUUGCUCAUUGGGCCAUCCAAGUCCUUUGCGAACGUGCAAUGGUUGUCUGGUGUGAAGCCAGUUAUCCGAAAGAAAAGCAACUUUAAAGCCCUGGUGGAGAAGGUGGAAGUAGCCACAAUGGAAGUGCGGUGGAUCACCAUGGGUUACUCUUCUGGGAAAGCGUUCCCUUCCAUAGACCCUCCGAGUGCAAUCGUUACGCAAGAGCUCCUUCCAAGAAUUCAGAGAUUAAACUUCUACGACCACGCACGAAUGAUGAUGGGGGAGCGCGUGAUGUACAACAUCAGCCCCAGCGCCAAAAUCUCGCACGGCAAACCAGACAAGGACUUCUUUGAUUGGAACCCGCCUUUGAAUGAAAAUGUUGGCGAUGACAAGAGCGAAGAGCUGCAUGUGGUGUGGAUGUCUCCCAGCAACUCGACGAGCCGACUGGCUGGAGACUUGGCUGCCGCGGACGAUGUGAACGGUGAAGGGAAAGAGUCCACGGUGGAAAAAAACGAUCAAAAUAGCGAAGAUAUUGCAGACGAGCAGCGAGGGGCCGUUGGGGAACAUCGGGUCGCGCUUGGCGGCAGGAGUUUAGUUUGGGAGAACCACACCCUGAGCAUCUCCAGUGACUCGGUGACGAUUAGCUGCACACGUUUCUGCCACAGUUUCUCCGUUGACCACUUCGUGGAGCAGCCAGGCGGGCGGGCGCUGCUCGCCUACCUGCGCGGGAAGGAGGAGGAAGACGAGCAGCUGCCGGCGUUGCUCCAGAGCUUCGUCAAGGAAUACUUAAAAAGCAGAGUGGCGGGCGACGAGAAUCACAUCGUCGUGCGCGAAGCCGCGCGCAGCGACGGCGCGGUGGUGAACGACGACGGUAAGAGGCAGGGAGAGAGCGACGGCAUGUUCAAACCCGUCUCCGGCACCAAGAGGGCCAAGGUGUCCCUGCCUGGACGCACGUCGGAGCCGGAGGACGGCGAAGCGGAUUGGACGGACGAAAGCGACGAGACCAGUUCGGUCUCCUCCAUGAGUUCCACGGCGUCCUCCCAGGGCGGGCCGCCCAGUAGAAGGAAGCAGCCGCUUCCGCUCAACGUGAAGAAGCUCAAGAAGAAGAUGAAGCAGAAGCGCAAGCCCAAGGUCACCCGUGAAAUCCGUUGUGGUGACAGGCUGGCAGUGGAAGUGGUUCACACCAAGACCUACGCAGACGUGAUGUGGCAGAACGGGCAAGUGGAGGUGAACAUCCGAUCCAAUGACUUGAUUCCUGUGCAACACAUGGAUGAAAAUGAAUUCUGGCCUGGGACAUUUGUUAUGGACAAACGAGAGUCAUCGAUCAAUAGCGAGCACAAGGAAGUGUACGGCGUGGUGAAGUCUGCCGACCACAGGGGUCGGACCUGCUGCAUUGCAUGGUACACCUUGGAUGAGGACGGCUUUGGCCUGAAGGCCCCGCGACUGCUUCAUCAAGAAGACGAUGUCAGCGUUUACGAUAUCUCUGACCACACGGACUUUCAGUUCCAGAUCUCCGACACCGUUAUCCGUUUGAGCAAAACCGAGAUGAUAAUCCCAACCACCGAGGAGCCAUGCAUUGGACAAGUUGUGAACAUGGACGAGUCUGGGAAAGUGAAGGUGCGGUGGAUUAACAACAGUAUCUCCAGCUUGUAUCCACAGGAGCUCUUUAAGGUAAGCUCGGAUUUCGAGGACUCCGACCUCGACUCGGUGGAGGAGGAGUGCGAGGAGGACUGGAGUGACGACUACGACAGCUGGGAGACGGACGACGAUGGCACCGAGAUGGAAAACCAAGCGCCGGCUUCCGCCGUCGAGGACGAGGCCGGCGACGGCCCCGCCGACGCGUCGCCCCCUUCUCCCGCUGCCGACAAGCGCCCCAAGCCCCAGCAGCACCUCUCCGAGGCGGAGGCCGACGGCUCGAAGGGCGCGUCCGGCGGUCGUGCGGGAGCCAAGAACCCCGAAGCGAGCGCCAGGGAACCAGCCGGAGCCGAAUCUGGAGCCACGGCGUCCGCGUUGAAUAGGGCCAGCAGGGAUUUGCCGGAAAUUAAAGAGGCGACGGUGCGCCUGCUGGAGAGCCUCAAGAACAUGACGGUGGAGCAGGUGCUCGUGGGCUCGCCCACCACCGCGGCACAGCCCUGCCCCGAGAGGCCGAGCCGCGACCACAAGUUCCUCAACGACAUCAAGAAGCUGCAGGAGCUGCUCAGGAAGACCAUGGACAGCAUGAUGUACGCAGAGGACGACGAUGAGGAGACGGAGAAGCCUUCCAAUGAGAAGGAGGAAGCAGCGGUGUUCAAUCCCAGCAAAACGGCCAGUGACGCCCCCGUGCUGUGCGAGCGAAGCGGUGCCAAGCCCGGAGUGAUCCUCACCAGUGCACAGGGAGAAGUCUUCUCGGUGCUCGAGACCGCCCCAGACUCGCACAUGUUCAAGAAGACCGAAUUUCUGCCAUCGGAUCCCAAAAAGUUCUUCAGUUCCGUCAGAAAGGAGAUGGCACUGCUGGCAACGUCGCUGCCAGAGGGCAUCGUCGUGAAGACUUUCGAGGACCGCAUGGACCUGUUCUCGGCGCUGAUUCACGGCCCAGCGAGGACUCCGUACGAGGACGGCCUUUUUGUCUUCGACAUCCAGCUCCCCGCCAUUUACCCGGCCUGCCCCCCUUCCUUCCACUAUCUCUCCCAGUGCAGCGGCCGCCUCAACCCCAACCUCUACGAGAAUGGGAAGGUGUGCGUCAGCCUGCUGGGCACCUGGGUCGGAAAGGGAACAGAGAAGUGGACUAACAAAUCAAGUCUUCUUCAAGUGCUGAUUUCUAUCCAAGGGCUCAUCUUGGUGAACGAGCCGUACUACAACGAGGCGGGCUUCGAGAGUGACCGAGGCCUGCAGGAAGGCUAUGAGAACAGCCGCUGCUACAACGAGAUGGCUCUCAUCAAGCUCGUGCAGUCCAUGACGCUGCUGCUCAACCACCCGCCCGCCGUGUUCCAGCACGAGAUCCGCGAGCACUUCCAGGCGCGCGGCUGGCGCAUGCUGCACCGCCUGCAGGCCUGGCUGGACCUGCACCAGCUUCUGCAGCAGCAGCAGCAGGAGAGCCUCGCGGCGUCACCGCCGUCCACCGAGGCCUGCGCGGCGCCGCCCACGCUGGGGCAGGGAGCGUCCUCGCACGGCGGCUCUCGAAGCGACAACUUCCAAGCCACCAACGCCCAAGUUGCGGAGGACGACUGCGCCAUGGAGUGCGGCGACUCGGCCGGCGAAGGGGCCGCCGCCGUCGGCGGCGCCGUCGGCGGCGGCGGCGGCGAUGCCGACGACGGCGCCGCCGGAGCGGUCUUCGGCGGCGAGCCGACGGGGGAGAGGGCGCGCGCCGAGGGCAAGGCGCUCGACAAGUCGGGCGAAGAGGCGGAGAGCGCCGUGAAACCGAAGAAGCGCAAGAAGAGCUACCGCACCUUCCUGCAGGGGAAGAGCGGCUACCCCGACGUGGGCUUCCCUCUCUUUCCCCUUUCCAAGGGUUUUAGCAAAAGCCUCAAGACUUGCCUCCAGCAAUAUCAGUCGAUUCUGAUGUCCUUGGGCAUUCCCGACAACAUCGUGGGCAGGCCAGAGAGCAGCGCGGCACGCACAGACGCGCAAAGGGAGACGGAGCCGGCACCAGAACAUAACCAACACGACAGCUGCAGGCAUUAACCGUGUCCCCCAGGCAGCUUUAUCGGUCCGCUUUCAGAUUUACCAGGAACGCAAGACACAAACUAAAAUAUCAAUGCAUGUUUUCAAAGGUCGCUAAAGGACGGUGCAUCGUUAAAAAACAAAAAAAGCCGAACGUGGUUUGUGGGAUACCUCAAGCAGAGCUCUCGUUAUUAAAUUCCCAGUUCGAUCGCCAAUGUUUGUACGUGCGCACAUGUACAAAUUCUCAGUAAUAUUUUUACUGUUGAGGAAAAGAAACGGGAAUGUGUUGAUAAACCGCAUUAAAAAUUAAACGUGAAAAACAUGGUAAACCGCUUGUGACGCCUGUUAUCUGAUUAUAUAUAUUUUUUAUUGCCACAAGCAUGUGUGAAAUACGUAUUGAAAUGUGUUGCCGAUUGUCAUAUGGAGCGCACAAAGCUUUGCGUGCUUCGACGGCACAAUUGAGCCAACGGCUGUGACCAGGGUUCAUCCUCACAAUCGGGAUGGGGCGGUGGGCGUGUGGCUCACGAGUUUUGAGCGCUGAGCCAGCACCGCUGAGAACCUGGUAUCAAACUAGGUUCUCAGGCGUAUCGAGCUGCGAUGGUAUCUGCCCUUGUCACAAGCGCUUUAUUUUGGCGAAAUUCUCGCCCUUGGAAUGACAAGUGUCACUCUGAAGAUCACGCAAAACAAAUAUUCUCAUUGCAGGGAGCGUGAGAGAGUGGUGACCCUUCCCCGUAGAAAGAAUGGAAACGCGACAUAAUUUUUCUGGAGCAACGAAAAAUCUCUUCCGUUGUCAAUCCUGUGACAGGGCCAAGCGCCGCAUUGCAAUGUUUGCGAUUUCAUUCAUCUCGACACAAAGAUGCCGAGAGCACACAUUGGGAAUACAUUUUGGGGGUGGGUGGGGGGAGAGUAACAAAAAAUCGGAGCCUCGAGUCACUUUUCUGGAGUCGCGAGGUCCCGAGUAUAAUGACUGGUGUCACCCAAGCUGCUGAUACAUUUUCUGUUGUACUUGCGUCACAGUCAUCGAUCCAACCGUGACAUUUACACGAUCCCAAUUUAGCGUGUCAAAAAUCACGGCGGUGGCGGCGCCGUCGUAUGCCUGACAUUCAGCACCGGAGGCGAGGGUUUGGUGGAUCGAACAAAUGUUGUGAUACUCCCUGGCCCGUGGUUGUCCGAAGUGCCCCCCCGUACCCUGGCCCUCCACCUGUUCCAUCUGCACGGGAUUAUUGGCCCCAUUGCACGCGUGGCUUUUUCGCUGGGUGCUCCAGUUUCUUCCCAACUGUAAAUAAUCAUCAACUGGCCAAUAACACCUUAAAAUAAAUCUAGCUAUAGGAUCGCAGAGCUUGUGGAAUUGCGCUCGCCUGCGCUUCCUCGCUCCUCCCGAAUUGUUCUCGCGUCGGAAGCGAGCGAAUGCCGCGCGGAGCGUUACACGUUGGAAGUUAUUACAAUAAAGAGACGUAAAAAAUA